AUGUCCUACCCGCAGUUUGGAUACCCCUAUUCCUCCGCACCCCAGUUCCUGAUGACCACCAACUCCCUGAGCACGUGCUGUGAGUCGGGGGGCCGCACGCUGGCCGACUCCGGGCCCGCCGCCUCGGCCCAGGCGCCUGUCUACUGCCCGGUCUACGAGAGCCGGCUGCUGGCCACCGCGCGCCACGAGCUCAACUCCGCCGCAGCGCUCGGCGUCUACGGGGGCCCCUAUGGCGGCUCGCAGGGCUACGGCAACUACGUGACCUACGGCUCCGAGGCGUCCGCCUUCUACUCGCUGAAUGGCUUCGACUCCAAGGACGGGCCUGGAUCUGCGCAUGCGGGCCUCGCGCCUGCAGCGGCUGCUGCUUACUACCCCUACGAGCCAGCGUUGGGCCAGUAUCCCUAUGACAGGUACGGGACCAUGGACAGCGGCGCGCGGCGGAAGAACGCCACGCGGGAGACCACGAGCACGCUCAAGGCCUGGCUCAACGAGCACCGCAAGAACCCAUACCCCACCAAGGGCGAGAAGAUCAUGCUGGCCAUCAUCACCAAGAUGACGCUCACGCAGGUGUCCACCUGGUUCGCCAACGCGCGCCGCCGCCUCAAGAAGGAGAACAAGAUGACGUGGCCUCCGCGGAACAAAUGCGCAGAUGAGAAGCGCACCUACGCGGAGGGCGAGGAGGAAGAAGGGGCGGAGGAGGAAGCCCGGGCGGAGCCCCUCAGGAGCACCAAGAACGAAGAGCCCGUGGGCAAAGAGGAAAAGGAUCUGGAGCUCACUGACCUGGAGGACUUCGACCCGCUGGAGGCGGAGCCCCCCGAGUGCGAGCUGAAACCGCCCUUCCAGCCCCUGGAUGGCGGUCUGGAGCGCAUCCCUGCUGCACCGGAUGGUCCGAGCGCCCCGGGAAAGGAGGCCUCCGGCACCCUCCAGAUGCCCCUGGCUGCCGGUGGCGGGGCCCCCCUGGACCAGGACCUAGAGAGGGCCAGGAGCUGCCUCCGGACCACAGCGGCAGGGCCAGAGCACCAGUCCAGUGUGGGGGGCGUCUCGCAGGCUUGCGAGGCCAAGCUGGGCUUCGCGCCCGCUGGGGCAACGGCGGGCCUCGAGGCCAAGCCGCGCAUCUGGUCCCUGGCUCACACAGCGACCGCUGCUGCCACGGCCCUGAGCCAGACUGAGUUUCCGUCAUGCAUGCUCAAGCGUCAAGGCCUGGCGGCCCCUGCGGCCACCUCCUUGGCUCCUGCCUCGUCCUCACCUGCGGCCGUGGCCCCCACUGGUGCCCUGGACAGGCACCAGGACUCCCCGGUAACCAGUCUCAGAAACUGGGUGGAUGGGGUCUUUCACGACCCCAUCCUCAGGCACAGCACUUUGAACCAGGCCUGGGCCACCGCCAAGGGCGCCCUCCUGGACCCAGGACCGCUGGGACGCUCGUUGGGGGCAGGCGCCAACGUGCUGACGACGCCCCUGGCGCGCGCUUUCCCACCCGCCGCACCCCAUGACGCCCCCACCUCGGGGGCAGCCAACGAGCCGCUGGCCCUUCCGAAGGCGGGAGGCAAGCCUUUCUGCGCCUGA